CUGCUUUUGACAGCUUGCCCCGGCACAGCCGCGACUGAGUUCGGUGGGUUCGGGAUCCUGUGGCCCCUUUCUCCGCGCGUCCCCGUCCCCCCGUGGCCCUGGCCCUGGCCCCGGCCAUGAAGCGCUUCUUCUCCUGCUCCAGCUCACAGGUGGCGGUGGAGAGAUGGAACCGCCGUGACCAGAAGCUGCUGGAGGCCGUGCAGCGGGGGGACGUGGGGCGCGUGGCCGCCCUGGCCUCCAGGAAGUCUUCCCGACCCACCAAGCUAGACGCCAACGGCCAGUCCCCCUUUCACCUGGCAGCCUCCAAGGGCCUGACUGAAUGUCUGACUAUCCUGCUUGCAAAUGGGGCCGACAUCAACAGCAAGAAUGAGGACGGAAGCACCGCCCUGCACUUGGCCACCAUCUCCUGCCAGCCACAGUGCGUCAAGGUCCUGCUGCAGCACGGUGCCAAUGAAGAUGCCGUGGAUGCAGAAAAUCGUAGUCCGCUGCACUGGGCAGCUUCCUCGGGCUGUGCCUCAAGUGUGCUCCUGCUGUGUGACCACGAGGCCUUCCUGGAUGUCCUGGACAAUGAUGGACGCACACCCCUGAUGAUCGCCUCGCUGGGCGGUCACGCAGCUAUCUGCUCACAGUUACUGCAGAGAGGCGCCCGAGUCAAUGUCACAGACAAGGAUGACAAGUCAGCUCUGAUCCUGGCCUGUGAGAAGGGCAGCGCCGAAGUGGCUGAGCUGCUCCUGAGCCAUGGGGCGGACGCGGGGGCGGUGGACAGCGCGGGCCACGAUGCUCUGUACUACGGCCUGCGCACACAGGACAAGGCCCUGUGGAAGCUGCUGCAGCAGGCCCUGAGCUGGCGGCGGGGGGGUAAGCCACUCCUUAGAAGCCCAUUUGCUGUGUGGGAGGCCUCUCCAUCUGACCCUCCAGUGGGUUCUCCGCCCAAGAGCCCCCGGGGAGCAGAGCCCGGGGUGGAGCAGAAAGAGGAGCGAGAGGAUGUGUGCUCAGAGGAGUGGAAGUGGAAGUACGAAGAGGAGCAGAAGAAAGUUUCUCAGUUGGAGCAGGAGCUGGUGGGAAAGGCAGAAGAGAGCAAGGCGCAGGCUGCAGCCUACCUGGGCCUGGCCAACCAGAUCCGGGAGCAGGUGCAGGAGCUUGGGCGGUUGCUCUUCCGGGAGCCCAGAGCUCCCGGCGGGCCGAGUCCUGGUAUCCGUCCUGGAGGGGAUGGCAUGGAGCAGGGCUGCCCCCUGGACCUGCUGGCUGAGGGCAUACGAGAGCUAAAGAAGCAGCAGCAGGCAGUAGCCGCGGCCGCCGCCAACCCAGUGUUAGCUGCCAAGAAGACCGAAGACUCGUCCCCCCGGGAGAUGUGUUAUGAAGCCCAUGGAAGGUCCCAACCAGAACGGGGGCCACCCCAGGGUCCAGUGUCUGAGAUCCCGGGGGAAGCCACAGGGCAGCAACAGACGACUGUCGGUGGGCAGGCCCUUGGCCCUGAGCAUGCAGACCAGCCGCAUGCUGGCCAGAAGGAGAGGCCGAAGGCCCCCGGGGCGGAAAGAGCCAGCACAGCAGCCAUGAACCAGCUACUGCUACAGCUGAGGGAGGAGCUGGCUGCGGUGUGGCGAGAGAAGGAUGCUGCCCUGGGGGCUUUGUCGAGACCUGUCCUGGAGGGAGUUCUGGGGAAGUCCCGGGCGGAGGCCACGGCGGCCGCCUGGGAGAAGAUGGAAGCCAGGCUGGAGCAGGUGCUGCUGAAGCUGGAUCGGACCCAGAGGGGGCUGCGAGCGACCCCUGCGACCCCGGCCCAGGAGUCCAGAGAAGGAGCCCGAAAGGCAGGCUCAGAAACCAUCCCCGAAGAGGAUGGGGAGAAGGAGACGGGGGCUCCCGGGACCCAGCGGGAGUCUCCAGGGGCCCCGGGCAGGCCGCAUCCGCUGGGAGGAGGCCUGGCCAAGGGGAUGCUGGAGAAGGAGGUGUCGGCCCUGAGACUGAGCAACAGCCACUUGCUGGAGGAGCUGGGGGAGCUGGGCCGGGAGCGGCAGCGGCUGCAAGGGGAGCUGCUGUCCCUGAGCCAGCGGCUGCAGCCCCACCCCCGGGGAGCAGAGCCCGGGGUGGAGCAGAAAGAGGAGCGAGAGGAUGUGUGCUCAGAGGAGUGGAAGUGGAAGUACGAAGAGGAGCAGAAGAAAGUUUCUCAGUUGGAGCAGGAGCUGGUGGGAAAGACAGAGGAGAGCAAGGCGCAGGCCGCAGCCUACCUGGGCCUGGCCAACCAGAUCCGCGAGCAGAUCAAGGAGUUGUUGAAGAAGGUGGAGCAGCUUUCAGAGGAAGUCCUGGCAGUUCGGGGGGAAAAUGCUCGCCUUGCCUCGCAGCUGCGGGUAUGUUUGUCCCUAGGGAAAUGGGGGCAUGACUUGGGCCUCACUGGUUCCCUGUGGCCUCAGAUCAAGGAGUUGUUGAAGAAGGUGGAGCAGCUUUCAGAGGAAGUCCUGGCAGUUCGGGGGGAAAAUGCUCGCCUUGCCUCGCAGCUGCGGGAUUCUCAGAAGAACCAUGAAGAGAUCAUCUCUACCUAUAGAAACCAUCUACUGAGUGCUGCUCAGGGCUACAUGGAACAAGAUGUAUACAAUAUCCUGCUGCGAAUCCUCAGCAGGCAGGAGAAGAGGGGCAGCGCGGGCCCUGAGGGGUCCGGGAUUCCUCUCCUGUGAGUUGUGGGUGAGGCCGAUGGGGCAGGAGCUUGGAGAAAGGACCGGGGAAAGGAGGCUCAGGAUGGGAACUGGAGUCUCCGUUUGCUCCAGGUGGUGGCUGACACGGGGAGUCCUGUGCCCCUGAGCAUCUGAAGUGAGGUUCACUGAGAAGUCCCAAUAAUGGGCCUCACUGGGUGGAGUCAGGAAUCUGUGCCCGAAGGGCUGACCUGGGAUGGGGACAGAAGGGGAGUUUCCUCUUUCACGGUCUGGGGCAGAGAUGCCAGUAAAGGAUGAGUGAUGGUGGGAGAGUGGUACACAGUUGUUUCCUAGGGGAGGACUCUACAAACCACAGAAUCUCUCCUU